UCAGCUCAAUCUGCAGCUGCUGAUUUGGUUUCUGGUUAUGUGUGAUUUGUUAUUAUUUUUGUAAACUUUACAAAAAAUGUCAAUAUUAUAAUAUCAAGUAACAGAAUAGUGAUUGUUUUCAGUUUGCUGGACAGAGAACAAAAUGUCGUGUUCGUAUUGUCGAGCACCUGUAAACGCGAAGAAACAGUUGGAUAGUUUACGAAAAGAGGCGAAAUUUUGGAAGGACAAGUCAUUUAUUGAGAAAAAGGCGAAAUAUUCCUUGGCCCAAUGGGUCCUGGGUGUUUUUGGUUUCGCCGUGAAGGUCGAAGUGGACAAGGAAUCAUUAGGACUUCGAGUGGAGGGGAAAGAAAAUAAGGAGGCAAUCGCACAAGCCAUCAUUCAUACUGGAUCCGACGCCAUUUUUCUCUUGGAAGAUCGCAUGGGAUCGGAAGACUUUAUCGAAGAUGCGGAAGAAUUGGCUGCGUUGAACAUUGCUUUAUCCGCCGAGGCGGAUAACCAGGAAGAAGAAGGUGGCGAAACAAGUCAACCUACCAAAUCUAAGGAUGGCGUUUCCAAUAAUGAGACUGAUAACCAACAACGAGAUACUCAAGUUAUUUUCGACAUUUUACGAAAUUGUGACAACUCUGAUGGACGUGGGGGAGGCAACACUUCUGGCGUACAGCAGUCUUCUUCUUCAUCCUCCUCGCCUUCCUUCAUUUUUAUAAAAUCGGAUGGACAUGAGGGGAUUCAGUUAGAUUGCAGUCAACUCUUACAGGGAGAAUUCAAUUCCAAUGGGAGUGGUGGUAGCACUAAAAAUUCGACAACAACUGUGAAUUACAUUAUUCCUGACAACUCUCAACAACAUGUAUUGUAUAGGAUUGCUUCUUCCCCAACGACCAACAAUGAAUUGAUGUCGUCCAGCAAUGACAAAAAUACUUACGUGAUCAAUUCAAACACUAAAGGAAAACCUCUCAAGCAGUACGCUCCUCCUAAUAAAAAGACUAAGCUGGCCGUUGGUGGGCAAUCUUCGACAAGCAAUUCUCAACCUCCUCCCACUACUCUUACCUCAAAGGUCAACGAGGAUAAGGCGGCGACGUCUACGACGUCGGAUAAGCUACCCUCCUCUGAGUUUGGUCUCACUCUGAGAGAAAGAGCAGAAAUUUACGUUCACUCGAUGGCCAUGAAGGGGAUUCAAAAGACAAGUCAGGGGUCGUAUACUUGCACCGAAUGCAACUUUGGAUAUUCUUUCACCUCCGUGGAGAAUGCGUUGACUCACACAAAGACUCAUUUUGAAGGGAAGCCCUACAAGUGUAACUACUGCACAGAGACGUUUGCAAUUCAAAAGGACUUUCUACAACACCGGAAAGUACACCAUUCGAAAAAACCUACUAAUAGCAAUACGAACAACGAUAAUAAUUUUAAAGUUCCACUGCCUCCUUCUCCAACCAAGCAGCCUCUCACCUUUAGCACGCCCACGACAACAACCCCUCUCACCCCCAGCACCACCACCACCAAGAAACCCGUGUUCUUAUCUCCUAGGAAUCUUCCUUCCAUGGUCCGUCCCCCAGUAGUUCAAACUUCUACUGGAUCCACCACCACGAAAGCUACAACAACCACUACUGCGAUCAAAGCAGGAGAAAUUACUUUAAGCAAUAAAAAUCUUAUAACUUUUGGUCAGCCAGGUCCAGCAAAUAAGAACAAGCCAUUCAAAUGUCAAGUCCCUGGAUGUGAAUGGUCUUAUCCUAAUGCCAACGAGCUAGGGUGGCACAUCAAGGCUCACUCGCAGUCCAGAGUGUAAAAUUUCUAUGAAUCACGUAUUUAUUUCUAGUAUUAUUUUUUCUUACUUUCUUUUAACAACAAAAGUAAUAAAAAUGCAACAUUUUAGCGAACAGACUAAA